GUUUCAAGACUUUGCUGAAAGGAAUUUCUGGAAAGUUUAGUAGUGGCGAGCUGGUGGCAAUUAUGGGUCCUUCUGGAGCUGGGAAGUCGACACUUAUGAAUCUUCUGGCAGGAUACAGGGAGACUGGGAUGAAAGGAGAAAUUCUUAUCAAUGGGCAACAUCGUGAUUUGCGUUCUUUCCGCAAAGUAUCUUGUUACAUUAUGCAAGAUGACAUGCUGCUUCCACAUCUUACUGUUCAGGAAGCUAUGAUGGUGUCUGCUGACCUGAAACUUCAAGAAAAAGAUGAAGGCAGGAGAGAAAUGGUGAAUGAGCUCCUGACAGCUUUGGGUUUGCUGUCGUGUGCCAGUACUCGUACUGGAAGCCUUUCAGGAGGGCAGAGAAAGCGUCUUGCUAUUGCUUUGGAAUUGGUGAACAACCCACCAGUUAUGUUUUUUGAUGAACCUACCAGCUCUAUGUCUUGAGCCAAGGGCAAUGCAUUUACCGUGGGAAAGUAUUAAAUUUAGUCCCUUAUUUGAGAGAUUUGGGUUUAAAUUGUCCAACAUAUCACAAUCCAGCAGAUUUUGUGAUGGAGGUCGCCUCUGGAGAAUAUGGAGAUCAGAAUAGCAGGCUUGUAAGAGCUGUGCAAGAGGGAAUGUGUGAUGCAGAUUACAAGAGAAACUCUGGAGGAGAAAAUGAACUUAACCCUUUUUUAUGGCACAAACCAUCAGAGGAGGAUUCUUCAUCUAUGGAAGGCUGCCAUAGCUUCUCAGCCAGCUGUCUUACUCAGUUUUGCAUUCUGUUUAAAAGAACUUUUCUCACCAUAAUGAGGGAUUCGGUCCUAACGCAUCUGCGGGUAACAUCUCACAUUGGAAUAGGACUUCUGAUAGGCUUGCUGUAUUUGGGGAUUGGAAAUGAAGCAAAGAAAGUUCUGAGCAAUUCUGGCUUUCUUUUUUUUUCCAUGUUGUUUCUUAUGUUUGCUGCUCUCAUGCCAACAGUCCUUACAUUUCCUCUUGAGAUGGGCGUAUUUCUUAGAGAACAUCUGAAUUAUUGGUACAGUUUGAAGGCUUAUUACUUGGCUAAAACUAUGGCUGAUGUCCCUUUUCAGAUUAUGUUUCCUGUGGCUUACUGCAGCAUUGUGUACUGGAUGACAGCGCAGCCCUCUGACGCUCUGCGAUUUCUCCUGUUUGCAGCACUGGGGACCAUGACAUCACUUGUGGCUCAGUCCCUUGGACUUCUGAUUGGAGCAGCAUCCACCUCACUUCAGGUGGCAACAUUUGUUGGUCCUGUUACAGCAAUCCCAGUUCUUCUCUUCUCAGGAUUUUUUGUCAGUUUUGAUACCAUUCCUGCUUAUCUCCAGUGGCUGUCCUACAUCUCUUAUGUCAGGUAUGGAUUUGAAGGUGUCAUUCUUUCCAUCUAUGGUUUGGAUCGAGAAGAUCUUCAUUGUGACAAAGAUGACACUUGCCAUUUUCAGAAGUCAGAGGCUAUCCUCAAAGAAUUGGAUGUAGAAAAUGCUAAACUUUAUUUGGACUUCAUUGUGCUUGGAAUUUUCUUCAUCUCCUUACGUCUCAUUGCCUAUUUUGUUCUCAGAUACAAAAUUCGAGCAGAGAGAUAGAGAACAAAUGUGAUAACAUGAAGUUCUAGACUGUUGCUCUCUGGUUGUGGCUAAUGAGUUUUCAAAGCUCGGUUGCAAAUCAUGUUGUCUUCUGACUCCUAGAAGAACUAAAAUGGAAACUUGUUCCAGUUUUGAAAAAUACCACUGCUGAUCCCAAGAGUUUCCUCUCCUGGAAAAUGUAUUUCUUCUAAGGUAGCUGUAAAUCUGACAAUUAGAAUGAGAAUGUCUAUCUUUUAUUAUAAGGGAAAAACAUGAAAUGUUGUGUCAUCACUUCUUGCUGCAUCUUACAAGUGUUUUUCCCACAAGAAAUCCCGCAGUUAGUCUACACACUUUUCCAGUUGUAUGAAAAGGUGCUCUAUAAACCGAAUGUUUAAAAAUAAAGAAGUGAGAAAUCUGAUAUUAGUUCUCCUUAAUACCCAGCUUUAGAGCUUUAAUCAUAUGAGCUGGUCUCAUGUACCAAAUUUUUAAUAUUGUAUCAUAUUACAGUGAAUGAUGUAGAAGAAUUUGAAAAUCAAUAUGCAUACCUAGCUCCUUUCUCCUAGCAUUCUGUUUUUGUAGUGUCUUUUCAGUUCCAGUUUCUUGUGGAAUUUCAAAUACUUACUGUCUGUUUUAUCUAUUUUCUGUGAAUGCAAAACCCAAUGCAAAAUGGAAACCAAUCUCAAAGCCUAUUUGAAUACUCUAGCAUGUUUUUAAUAACACAUAUUCUAAAAAGAGAAAGGACCGCUCGUAGUUUGGUGUUUGGUAUGAUGAAUGCUUAAGGACUUAAUUAAAAAGGUCUCGGUGAAAUGUAUGUGCCCUGCCCAGCAAUAUACAUAAUACUGUAUACAAAACCUAUUAUUUUUGUUUUCAUCAUUUAUGAUUUUCUCAAAAAGAAAUUCAAAUCAUGCUAUUUUUACAUUCCAGCAAAGCUAGGUGAUUCCAAACCCAUUCAUAAUUUUUUCCCUCACUCACUUUUUGCUGUAUUCCAACCAAAUUUAUCUAAACAGUUUUUGUUACCAGUUUGACAUCUAAUUUGACAACUGAGAUGUGUAAACUGAUGCCGAUUACUAGAAGUGCCUACAUCCUGAUUUCAAAUAUUAGCUGUACAUAGCACUUUGUCUCAGAACAUUAUUUGAUAAAAAUAAUAUUAUAGGAAAAAAGACUAGCACUUUGGGCCAGACUUAUCUACCUCAGUGCAAUGGAUUCAGAUUGAUUUAUUAGAGAAACCGAUUAAGCUGUUUUCAAUCCAAAACAAAUUCAAGUUGUGUGUUUAGAAAUCAGAUCAAAUGGCUGUUUCCACCAGAGGCUGUUGUUGAAUGGAUACUAAAUCACCCAAGCCAAAUCUCCAGAGUUUAGCUAGAGCAUCAAAGCAAACCAAAUAGAAAUUGAAACAAAAACAAGGCUAUAAAUUUGAAGAUAAAUUUGUCUUAUCUAUAUUGUAAGAUUUGCCCCUUCCACAGUUCUUCUAGACUAGUACAUGUUCAUGAAGAGCAUAGUUUAUAUUGCUGGAAAACAGUUAAGUAAUUAGGAUUGUAUUCAUUGGCAAAGCCAAAGUCCUUCUCUCCCCAUAAUCCUAGUCUUCUAGUCUUAACUUUAAAGUACAAAAAUAAAAACAGACACUGUUCUUUAAAUUAGCAACUUAGUCCAGACAUAUCACAGGAUUCAAAUCUGUACCACUAAUUAGAUACUUGUAGGUUUGUAUCCAGAAACCAUUAAGAACUUAUUUUGUAAAUUAACAACAAAUAUGUAACAACAUUUGUGAUUAGUCCACACAACCUCCAAGAAUGUAAUUACAUACCUUCAACAACAAAAAAACUUUUUUUGUAUAUUUUGGAGGAUAAUUGGCCUCAAAAUCAGUAGAUGGAUUAUCACCAGAUUUGGAAGAGUCACACAAGAAGUGCUUUCCAAGAAACUCCUCUGGUGUAUCUGCUAAUUGACAAGUAAGGCAUUCACGGGAACUGAACAUCCUUUCAUGGAAUACUGCAAGUUGGUACUGCAAGUGUAGGGAUAAAUCAUUUAUGGAUUAUAUCUCUAAAUAUAACAUUAUUUUUGUUACAGGAAACAUGGGCCCCAGAGAAUAUGGGGCUUGAUAAUUUUGCAAUGCAUUCUCUGAAUGCUACUAGAUUAAGGAAAGUGGGGAGGAGGCCAAGUGGUGGGUUUUUCAAAUAAGAUCCACCCUGUGGUGAGUAAUCUAAAAUCCUAUAAUCAAUUUGCAAUUAUUAUAAACCUUUGAGUUGGCCACCUCCACAUUCUUCCAUCACGUUAUAAAGCAGGUGGAAGGAAACUGAUUUAUAUUUGGACUAUAUAUGACAUCUGUAAUAAUUGUUUUUAUGUCCAGUGUGAUGUAUCCAGUUGGAUUAUGUAAUCAUUCCCAUAUUCUGAUAUUAUAUUGGAUCAAGUCACUAAUAAAUUCCUAAUUCUUUUGAAAAAGAAAAAAUACAAUCCACAUUAAGCCCCUUUAAGUUCUGUGAUGUUAGUUAAACUUAGCUAGUUUAACUUGAUUGUGGUGUUUCUAAGAGAUUAUUAGAUAAUUUGUUAACAUGCCAGGAUUGUCUAUUAUCAAGUUUAAAAAUACAGCUGUCCUAGAUACUGCAGUUCCAUUCUUAAACCAAAAUUAUAAUUGGCAUGAUAUUUCCACAAUGAAGAAAAUUAUGUUAUAAAUUGUAAAUCUACAUGAAUUAUUUCCAGCAGUGGAAACUGGAAGAAAUUACUGUGAGAAAUUAGUAAACAAAAAUGAUUUCACAUAUGGCAAAUGUAACAUAAAAAUAAGCAUUUUUUUCUUGUUGACAUCCCUGAAAAUAUCUUAAAUAUAUUAUGCGGUGAGAAUCUACAAUAGACAAGCAUUAUUAGGAAGUCACAUACAGCUAUUACAACUGAGGUUGUUCAGGACCUCCCUUGCUUUUCAGUUAGAGUAGUGAGAACGUCUGUUUCACACAUUUUGGGAGUGCACUGCAGGAGGGAAGGAUUCAGGAGUGCUCCCUAUGGUAUUAUUGGCUUUUAUAGUAUGUUUUAAUCUGAAGACAAAAAACACUUGUAUUGCUACAGACAAGCAGGAAUCUUGUCCCUUGCCCACCUCAAUACUAUUUAUUAAUUGCAUAUAUAUUUGCAUAUAUCUGAGCUUAGCUUAGAACCCAGCUAAGUAUGUGGGGAAUCCCCUGGAUGAGAUCAUACAACACACUAAACUAUAAAUUAGCUAAUCACAAUUUAGUUUAAAGCAUCAUGAAAUUCCAGUCUGUUCAGCUAGUUUAUGAUUCACUGUGUUAUACGAAUCCAGAAAAUUGGAUCAAUGGGGUAAACUAUUAUUCUAAUAAACAAGCUUAAGCAUGUUAUGCAAAUAUAGCCUUUUGGUUUAUUGCAUUUUUACGUGAAACUUGCUAUUUUCAGAAAUAUCAGAACGAUGUAUAGAGAUCAUGAAACUUUUCAGUUAAUGUGCAUAUUCUAAGUUUCAUGCUAUACAUAUCCUGCUUUUCUUUUAGGAAGUAUAUUCUAUUGAGCUCCAUGCCUAAGUAUGCUUAAAUUUUGGUAAACCCCUAUCGCAAAAAGCACCCAACAAAAUUUCUUAUUUGUAGUUUUAAAACAAAUAAUGGAUUAUUAUUAUUAUUAUCAUCAUCAUCAUCAUCAUCAUCAUCAUCAUCUGAGGCAUCUUUAAUGGUGAGAGAGGAAUUACGGUAUCACCUGUAUGUGAGUAUCAAUGUGACAGUAUUUUUGACAUCUUUUGUUUUUAAAUUAUACCUUUUGUGCAAUGUAGAUUCCUAGUUGUGAUGAGUUGUUGUCCUAAAAACCUACUUACUUAUUUAAGACAUUUAUGCAUAUGUGUGGUUUUCCUUUCCUUUCUUUUUCUUUUUUUAAGAAAAGCAAAAGUCAAUGCAAGUAAUUUCAAAACCUCAGCGUGCUAAAGAAUGCAUUUACUGUAUAAUAAACAGUUCUUCUGUCUUGGUUGUGUAAUGCACACUGCAUUACUUUGAAUUCCUGUUGGUUUUGCUAUUCUAGAGGCUGCUGCUGCUUGCACGCUGUGAUACAUUUGCACUGUUGUAGAUACAUGUAAACAUUGUCUUUUUUCCAGGUGGCUUGUUUAUCUUUUAUAGUUCUGAUGAUAAUAACUAACUGAACUAUGAGUACUUUGAUUCAUGUAUUAGAAGAUUUAGGAUGUUGGGCAUUCUAAUUCUGUAUUUUGCAUAAACUAACAAACUGCUUUGUAUAUUUCUGACUGUAUAGUUGAUUUCCUGUAGAAUAUUUGUAUGUGCAUUAUUUUCCAGGUUAGAACUCAUUUUCUGAAAAUGGAGAAACCUUAUGAUAAUGCAACAAAGGAAUAAUUAAAUAAAAGCAUUGAUAUUUUCAAA